AUUUCAUCAAAAAUGGCCGUAGUUUGAAAUGGAUUUUCACAAAUGUAUCUGAUAUUUAUAACUGUAGCGCUGUUGUUGUUAAUCCAAUCAACAUUUUCAGUCGACAUAGUCAUCAUUCUAGCCUCCGAUAAAGAUACCCUAAAGGACUCACUAACACAAGUAGACAAGUUCUUAGACAAGGUCGGUCAAAGCAUACAACUCGAAAGGACCUACCUACGGACUCUAGGAAGAAAGAAAAUAUCAACGAAUGCUCAAACACAACCUUCGACAACUUCAAAUGAAUUCGACAACUUAUUUCCAGACAGAAAAAUAUUUAAAGAUGCUUCUAUUACUAGACGAAAGCUCGACAACAGUGAACAGACCCAUUCUCAAGCGAAGGACUUACCAGAGUAUGAUGGCAUAAGACAUCCAAAUUUCAUGAGGGCAGUAGCUGGCUUCAAUAACAAAAUAAGCCCUGGGUCAACACAGAAAUUAUCUAAUGCUGUAAUUGGGUUAAAAAAUCUAAUGAAACCUGAUAUUAGUAUCAAAUCUGAAAGAAAUGUAGACAAAGCAACUAACGAUAUCCUAACGCAAGUCAAAGAUAAGUUAACUGAAAACAGUGCUAAUAAAAAUAAAACAAAGCCUGCAGAUAAAAUAAAAAAUAACUCAGUCAAAGAUAUUACAGAACAGAAGGAAGACAGCCACUUAGUCAAAGAUAAUACAGAAAACAAAGAAGAACAUUUUGAAAUUUUCGAUAAAUUGGACUUCCCGACGCACGGGCAGUUUCCUAUCUCAGUGACGUUAAAGAUAACGGAGACUACUCCAGAAGCAAUGAAUCAAGAUUUCAUACCCGAUGCGCACGAUGAGGGUGACUUUUUGAAAACAUCCACACCUUCAACCCAGCUUGAUCAUAUAUUACUAAAUCCUUUGGACUUUGGGUAUACUAGUACCCAUAAACCGUUACCAACUUAUGGGGAUUUAACGGACUCUCCGCUGAAACUUGACGAGUAUUUGACUACUACUCCAGAGCCAGAUGACUUCGCGAAAGAUUUCAAGAAACAGAUGGAUCAUUUCAAUGUUGGUGUGUUCUCUGUGGCAAUGAUGAAGAUGUUUGAAUUUGCCAUGGUCAAGGAGCCGAAGGUUUUGCGGAGGCUGGCUUGGGGGUUCGCGAGGUUCAUGGAGAGCUACCAUUUCCGUGGGAGGUUUACUGACUUCGGCCAGCCCACGGAGCAUGCGCUCAGAACAACGUCCGAACAGAUUGGGAACAUACACCCAGAUGAACUAAAAAGUUAUGGAAUAAAUCUCCACAACUCGAUGAUCCACCGGCGAGACAUGUUCUCGAAAGACAUCAACUCGAUAAUCGAUUACAUCGACACGUUAUAUCUCAAGGAAGAAUCGGACGAGGUUAUCGAAAGUGUGGAGUCGUUGCAUAUUUACAACAACAAGAGUAGAACUCCAUACACGGAAUUGGAGCGCUUCGUCAACAGCAUAAUUGCACCAUUUGAACGUUUAAAAGAAACACCAAGAGGAGAAAUCCUAAAAGAAUCCCUAAACAGGGGAUUGCGUAACCAUUUCUUUCCCGAUCGAGAGUAUGACCCUGAACAUCGCAGAAGUAAUAUUAAAAAAACCAAUAAUACACGGCGUAAAACAAAUAAGAAAAGUGCAAUCAAUAAAUUUACUAGAAAAGAAAAGAGACGGAUGGACUUUGAAGUCGGCCAAGACUGGUUUUCGACACAGAAUCCUUACAGUCUGCCACCGAUCCAGGAGCAAGCCUUCACGUUAUUAAAUAAGAACGAUGCUUACGUAAAACCUUUUGUAGAGCAAAAUUUGGCAAAUAACAAAGAUAAAUAUAACCAAAUACAAGAACAGGGCUUUACUAGUUUGAAUAACAAUGAUCGCUUUGGUUUUAAACCCAUAAUAGAGCAAGUUGUAUCAGCUAUGCCUAAUAAAGGUCCAUUUGUUCAAAAAGCAUUGAAAGAUCAAACAUAUACAUUGAAUAAUCAAGAUCGGUUUCGUAUCAAUCUGAUUCAGAGGCAAGGUACAACACCUAAUAACAUAAUGACGGUCAAUAAAGCUAUUUUAAACAGAAACACUGGUGCGAUUUCACCUUUGGUACAUUUGGCUGUGACGAAGUCAUGGUCACGUCAAAAUAUAAAUGAAAAUAAAAGAUUGAUAUCGAUUAAUAAGAAGGAUACAAGUUUGAAUCCAGAUCGAUCUCUCAAAAUGUCAUCAGGCAAAAAACACCACAAGAAACACAGACAUUCGCACAAACGUAUGAAACAUAAACUGUCCAAAAUUUUAAGAAUUAUCAGACAAUACAAACCGAACUACAAAAAGAGCAAGCAUAAAAAGCACCAUCACAAGCAUAGUAGACACAAACCCAGGCUCAGAGCUCGCGGAGACGAAGAAAUACUAGUCUCGAAUCAAGGCACUCAACAUAAAACUCAUCGUAAUCAAGAUAAGAGAGCCCGCGGCAAAAAACUUGCUAAGAUUUAUGGCGUAACACGAGAUUAUAAUGAAAACAAUGUUAAUAAUAGACGUAAUCUGGAAGAAGAUAAUACAGAAACAACAGUACAUAUACUCAGACAACUUAGUGAUGAAACAGAUGAAGAGAUACCUUUAAAGAUUAAUUUGUAUAAAGCUUUGGCGAUAACGACUGUACAUGAAGAUGAUAUAAAAGAUUUUCAAGAAGCCGUUCCUCGCGCUAACGAUGACAUUGGGAACAACCGUAAAGACAACAAUGGCGGUGAGGACCAUGAAAUGUUCCUGAAGAAUAAACUUUAUGAUUAUUUUAGUAGAAAUAUACCCGUUUCAUGAUCUCUAA